AUCAAAGUGAAACACGCAGUUCAGUCUGAAAACAAGAUGGCGGCCUGUUUGUGUGUGUGCAAACUGCUGUGCUGAUCUUUAUAAUCAUUCAUUAUUAUUAUUAUUAUUAUUAUUAUUAUUAAUUUAUUAUUGCAAUAUACUUCAGUAUAUCAGUCCAUCUCUCAGGCCGCUAUGGCGGACGUGACUCCUCCAGACUCCUCCAUCCUGAACGAGGAGUCCGACGUCCAACCGGGACCUCCACAGGAGAAUCACCAAGACGACGAACCUACAGCAGAAAGCAUUAAUGAAGGAGAAGAGCGAGAAGGACGCAGCAGCUCCAACUUCUACCCCUACAUCAAGGAGGAUCUGUUCACCUCUGAGAUCUUCAAGGUGAAGAUCCAGAACCUGCCCAAGAACAUCAGCUUCAACGACCUGAAGAGGUUCCUGAACAAACAAUGGCUGAACCCGCACAAGAUCAAGCUGAUGGGGAAGCAGAACUUCGCCUUCGUCACCUUCAAAAACCAGAAGGACCGCGACAAGGCCAUGAAUCUGGUCCAUGGCGUGCAGUGGAAGGGGAGAUACCUGAGCGUGCGCCUGGCCCAGCCCAAAGCCGACCCCCUCCUCAGGAAGCGCAGGCAGGAUGAAGAGGCGGCGGACGGAGGACAGCCCGCUGCCAAACGUCUCGCCGAGGGACACGACUGCGCCGAGGACGAACCCCUCAGUGUCCGGAUCGCCAACGCGGUCACGCCCCUGUGGCAGGUCCCCUAUGACGAGCAGCUCAGUAGGAAGGAGCGCGAGGCGGAGGAGAUCCUGCACACGCUCACCAGGGAGAUAGGUAACAGUAAUAAAGCCAUGCUGCCGUGGCUGUUUGCGCAGAAGGAGAGGAAUAAAGGUGUGUGCUGUCCGCUCGAGCCCAUCAAACCCUCACCUGUACAGACGGAGUACAGGAAUAAGUGUGAGUAUGUGAUCAGUGUCGGUGCGGAUGGAGAGGAUAAGACGGUGGGUUUUCGCUUGGGGAAGUAUAAAGGAGGUUCGUGCGCCGUGGUGAGUCCCUCAGACACCAUCCACGUCCCUGCAGCAGCCAAACGCGUCGUCCUCACCUUCCAGAACUACAUCAGGACGACUCCGUAUGCCGUGUACAGUCCGGAGAGGUACGAGGGCCACUGGAGGCAGCUCACCGUCCGCACCAGCAGAACCAACCAAAUAAUGGCCAUGGUCUUCUUCCAUCCACAGAAACUGCCGGAGGACGAGAUCGCGUCUCUGAAGGAGUCUCUGAGACGCUAUUUUACAGACGGAGAGGGGAAGGACAGCGGCGUCACGUCUCUGCAGUUCGUAAGAAUGGGACAGAGGACGUCUGCAGGGACGGAGGAUCUGCCGUGUGAGCUGGUGGCCGGUGACGCCUGGAUCCACGAGGAGCUGCUCGGCCUCAGAUUCCGCAUUUCUCCUCACUCUUUCUUCCAGACGAACACUCUGGCAGCGGAGGUGCUGUACUCGUCUGUAGGUGAAUGGGCUCAGCUGGACCAUGACAGCACCUUGCUGGACGUCUGCUGUGGAACAGGAACCAUCGGCAUCUCUCUGGCCAAGAGAGUGAGGAAGGUGAUCGGAAUCGAGCUGUGUCAGGAGGCGGUGAACGACGCUAAAGUGAACGCACAAGCUAACGGUUUGACCAACAUUGAGUUCCACUGUGGUAAAGCGGAGGACAUUUUCCCCACCGUACUCAACGCCGUGGUGUCUCCUAAUGUUACUGCUAUUGUAGAUCCUCCACGAGCAGGACUGCAUUCCCGGGUGAUUCUGGCGAUCAGGCGGGCGGAGCACCUGAAGAGGCUGGUGUACGUCUCCUGUAACGCUAAAGCGGCCAUGAACAACUUCAUCGACCUGUGCAGAGCUCCGUCUAACCGCGUCCACGGAGCGCCGUUCCGUCCGGUGCGAGCGAUGGCCGUGGACCUGUUCCCUCAGACCAUGCACUGCGAGACCGUCCUGCUGUUCGAGAGGGUCGACUACCGCUGACGCCGCCGAGAACCGAGACUAAAGCCGACGCUUAAUCUCAUGAAGCUCAGAAAUCUAGCUGCAGCUGCUAGUAAUGGAUUGUGUGUUACUAGAGUAAUUAGCAUCUCAUUUACAUGUUCGGCCUUUACUACGUUUUAUUUUCCCGAAGUAGCGUCAGCUUCGUCUCGAGACGCACAAUUUUAAGUUCAACCAUUUUGUAAAACCUUUUUUAAAACGCAGAGACAAAAUCCUGUUUUGUUUUUUUUCUGACCCGGAAAUUAGCUCCGCCCCCUUUCCUUUACUGGGGUUUGAAGAAAAAAAAAGUGCAGUGGGUUUGGAUUAUCGAGCUCAUUGUCAACACCGCACCUUCUACACACCAGAGAGUGCAAGAGUUACAUACUGCUACUUUAAUUUUCUUAUUGUACAUUUUAAAAAAAAAAAUUGAAAUGACACGAAUAAAGAAUGAGAAACGUC